GAAGAGUACAUAUGGAGCAGCAUAACACCCCGGCGUUGUGCUUGACUUGUAGCAGUGUGUAUGGAGGACGUUGGAUGGUUCACUCGGUUUUUUUAUCACUAUAGUAACUGAAGUCACCUUUUAACACAUUACAAAAUAUUGUACGGGACUGUGGAUGUUUAAUUUAUCUAGAUGGUGUCAGCGGUAUACUAAAAACGGAUGAUUUACAAACUUUGAAAACUUUUUCUUUCGUGAAUUUAUAUUCACUGUAAUUCAAAUUUUCAAGAUGCAUCCAACAUCAUUAACAACAAGUUCUAAUUCAGCUUUUAGUAAAUUGAACACUAACAGUGAAAAACUAGAAACACCCAGUGGUGACAUAACAGAUGCUAAUAGUGUUUCAUCAGAGAAAAAUUCUACUUCUUUAUUACAAUGUUCAUCGAAAUUAUCAUCUUCAUCAUCAACACCAACAGGACAGAAACAAGUGCUAAAAUUCAGUGUGGAUUCAAUCAUGUCAGAAAAGACAUCUCCAACGAAUAAUCUUCCGGAGGACAGGGAACAAUCUGAAUCCCCUCACUCAGUCAGUUCCGAUGAAGGAAGCUGUGCGGACUCUCCAAAAUUGACCACAGCUCCGAUGGGACCUUUCAGUAUGGACGGAAUAUUAAACAAACACCAUUCGAUUAUGAGAAGUUCGGACAAUUCAAAUGCAAGUUCAUCACUAAUGUCUCAUGUCCCGUCGGACGGGCGCUGGCCAGGAUUUUACACCGCGGCCUCAUUCCCCUGGCUCCCUGGGGCAUCAUUGUCACCCCCAAAAGGUCCAAGUAGUCCGGCAAGGAUAAACCCACAGAAAUGCACGCUAAGGAAACAUAAAACCAACCGAAAGCCACGAACACCAUUUACUACGUCACAACUUUUAGCAUUGGAAAGAAAAUUCAGACAAAAACAGUACUUAUCCAUAGCGGAAAGAGCAGAAUUUUCCGCGUCGUUAAAUCUUACAGAGACACAAGUGAAAAUAUGGUUUCAAAACCGUCGAGCAAAGGCAAAACGUUUGCAUGAAGCGGAAUUAGAGAAACUGAAGAUGGCAUCAAAACCGAUGUUACCUCCACACAUAGGAGUCACGUUUCCCGCCGCCGCAGCAUUGUAUAAUGGACAUUUCGGAAGACCUCAGGGUUUUCCUCAAUCCCUUAUGUCUCCAUUUAGUUACUCUCUACCUGCAGGCGGUAACAUAGGUAUGGUGUACCACCAUUAACAUUUGACAAUUUCUGAAGAAAGAGUAGUUGUUGAAAGCCAUGGCCCAGAUAUGAUGGACCAACGAUGACCUCCAGCUCCCAAUUGGUCAGAGUUAUUGACCAGUGUUGUGUUGAAAGUCGGACAGGCAUGAAAUUCCUUAGUAAAGACUUUCAUCACGGAUGUACCUACUGUGUACGUGAGCGGAGAUUACAUACCCAGAUAACGGGCGAUUUGAUGGAACAGAAUACUAUCCGAUCUGAAGACAGAAUUCCUAGAUAGGUGUGUCGAAUCGGUGUAGGGCGGGACGCGAGACAGACUGCCAUAGUCUUUGUAUCAUCACACCACGAAUGUGUUCAGCUGUGCAAGGUCAUAUGACAAAUACACCCGUUUUCAAAAGUCAAGGGCAUGUUUAAAAACAAUUGUCAAAAUAAAAAAAAAAUAUCAAACAUUUGUAUGAAUAACUCAGGGUAGAAUGUUUGCCAAAAUAUUGUACUUGGACUUACACGUGAAAGUGCUGCUUUGAAUAUUGAACUGUUUCAGCAUUAUACUUUAAGACAUUUAAUUCUAGACAAGAUUAUGCCAUUGAUUUGUAAACAGACAUUUUUCCACCAAGAAAACUAGCGUUUUCAUAGCAUUUUGGGAAUCAACCACCAGUAAGAAAUGAACUAUUCCAGGAAAUGUUUUUACCAAUUGACAUUAUGUUAAUUGCGAUAAACAUUACGAAUUUCCUCUAAAUUAGGCAAACGAAAUGACAAUACAGGUAUGCAGAUGCUAACUUCCGGUUGCCUGUUUGAUCUAAAUGUAUAAACUGGUCUACGGUUUCCGGAUUUCGUAAGGGGAAGUGAAACAAGUUUUAAAAUCGAGGCCGUUCGAAUGUCUACAUUCACACCAAGGUAUGCCAGCAUGCCAAUAGGUGAGCGAGACAUUUAUGUAUGAUUAUUUAUGUAUAAAAAUGAUUAUUUAUAGAAUUUUCUAUUCUAAAUUCUAUUCUCAAAAAUCAAAAACAUUUGUUGUGCACUAUUUGAAUGAUAUCUCUAUAUAUUAUAUUAAAUAUGUCAAAUUGAA